GACGGCGGCGUCAUACUCCAGUGUGCGUGGCCCUCUUACACAUAUUAGGCGCCAGAGACACUUUGGGCACUCCCCUGCACCUGCCUCUCUGCUCUAUUACUGUACUUCUGUUCACCCUCUAAUCGUUGCUUAGGAAUAAUGGAGUCAAGCGGCAAGUCGUCGAGCACGUUCAGCCACAGUUCCCUGCCAAGCGCACAAGGGGCGCCGGGGCCCUACACAUGCGUGAGUACAUCAGGAAAGCACGUUGAAGGCAACCUGCGCGGAUUCCGCUACGUCGAGGAGGACCGCGUUGUGAAACGAAGCGAGCGCGUGGCGAAGCCGGCUGCUUCGAACAGACGACGUGACAUCUGAUGGUGGCAGCGAAGAGAGUGCGAGGAACACCAUUGCGGUUGGAGGUGCAGCGUUUCGCGUCUUCACGGUUGCGCACACACGCGCGUAUAUGAAACCCACCGCUCGUGAUAUCCAACGCUGCCGGUUUGUAGUCCUUUUGUUUUGACGGUUUUUCUGCUUAGAGUUGUAGGUUAUUGGGCACGGUGGAGCUGCUGAUUCGUUCUUGACGAGGGUUUCCAAUUGCCGCAAAUGAUCAUCCUACCACUGCCUUUUGUGGCCAGAGUGGCACUGUAAGAUGCUGCACCGGGACCACGAUACGCAUCCCAAAUACGCGCCACGGAAUGUGGAAGCUUUUCUCAUUCGACCCGAAGAGCAGCAGCCACAAGAUUCAAUCGACCUUCUCACGAUCUGUGGUGCCCACGAUACCGCCCCGUGCACCAACCCGAUUCCCAACAUCGUUUCUCUCCCCCACUGUCCGCACCACUGCUGUUCCUUCUGCUUGUCUUUCUACUAUUUUGCUAGCAGUGUUUCAAUAUAUUUUUUCUUAUUGAUUGAAAGUACUUCAGAGGAGCGCUUUGGCUUUCCGCUCUCUCGAGUUCAUGCGCAUAGCAAACGAGAAUCCACAGCAAAAGACACACGAUUUAUCGUCCUGACUUUCCACACAUUCCGGCUCUUUUCAUUUUGCUGUCGGCGCAAAAGGCUGCAAGCUACGAAUUGCAGGUUUUAAAGGGAUUAACGUUCUUUCGUGCUGUGACUGAACAUCCCCGGACUAUCAUCGUUGCAUGAAAAUAGGUAUAUUCAUAUAUAUAUUGGUCAUCGUCGCUGAGAAGAAAAGAGGCGAACCCGGUCUCCUUGGUGCGCUGAUCAUUCCGUGGGUGUCGCGCUUUCCUCAAAAGAAAAGCACGCCAACGAAGUAAUACCGAGCUGUAGAGCUGCAAGCAUGUCGGGGGAGAACGGCACCGCUGACACGGAGGCACAGCUGCUCGAGCAGCUGUCGGAGAAGUACUACGAAGCCAUAAAGCGCGACAGCCGUGGCACGGCCGGAGCGACUGUGGAGGUGUCGCUAAUGCGCAUGAUGGCUGCCAUGGGUGAGUUGUCAGCGUUGGCCUUCGCAAACGCGUCUGGUAUUUCACCCUUUGAGCGGGAGGAGGUGUCCAGACUGAUUGGCAAGCUGAGCAUCUCUGUUGCCUCUAUCGCAGAGGCUUUCGGCCUCAACGUCGCCCGCUCUACUCUGCAGUACCUCGACGAGGAGAUGAGCGCGACACCGGCCGUGCCACCACGAAACGCAAGUGGCGGCCAGUCUUCUUCGCCGCCAAACAACGAUACACCGCUCUCCUCCGCUGCCAACGCACCCUCCCCACAAAACCCGAACAACGCAUCGACUGAGUCUUCCGCCCAGAGCGGCGCGUCCGUCGUCUUAUCGCCGGCGUCCAACGUUCGCUUUUUCCACUUUGUUGAUCAACUCGCCACCGCACCGCGGGAGUCCUUUGAAGAGGCGAAUUUGAGGUGGGUGGCCCCCGCCCCGAACGGCGCCAUUGAAGAGCUCAUCCCCAACGGCCGCGCCAUCACGGUGGAGUACGACGACUUCCCGCGCUAUCGAGCCCAACUCGCGCAGUACCGCGAGACGCGUGCGUGGCAGGCUCGAGCGUCGUCGGCGAGCGCCUCUCCGAAUCCCGUCAAUCUGAGCGCAAACACCGCAGUUGUGGGCGGCGGCGGGCCUUCGCCGUUCUCUGUGCCGACGGGCCCGGCUGUCGCUUCUAUUCCGGCUGCCUUGCCAGCGGCGGUGGCGCAGGCCUCCGGCUACGACCCGGCACGGGAGUCGGACCUCUACUCCCCGAGCCACUUCAGCGGCGGUUUCUUCAGUCCGAUGGCCCGCGUGGCGGAGACGGGCGUGGUGAACGUCUACCCCCCUGCCGCGGUGAUGGCGAGCGAGGCGGCCAACGGCGCAGACGCCGACGUGCGACGGCGGCAGGCGCUGCGGCAGAUCGGCCGACCCUACGAAGUGAGGGACUUCAACCAAAAGGUGCGUCUGCUCCGCAGCGGGGUGGUGCAAGGGACGGAGAUUGCAAAGUUGGGCCUCACCUUCAGCGUGCCGGACGGACCGCAGGUGAUCGAGCUCAUCGGUGACGGCAUGCAGGUGGACGUGACCGCGGCCAAUGCGAAGGCCUUUCUCACCCUUUUGGACGACUUCUCCAGCGCGCAGGCGCCGUCUCCUGCGCAGGUGCAUCGCACCAACAGCGUGCGCAAGAUCAACGUCGGGUCCAUCAUCCCCGACGUGACGCCGACCUUCAGCCCCUCGCACUUCUCGCACGACCUCUUCGCGCCUUAUUCCAAACCUACGUCCGCCGUCUACGUGGACUACGAUAAGAGUGAGCGAAUUCUACCGCCGUUUCUCAAGGAGCAGUCGCCGCCGGCAGAGCCGAAGGACACGCGUAAUGUGUACCUGAGUGCUGCGCGGUGCUCCGACUGCGCGACGUUGGAGCGCAUUUUGCGGGAAGUGAAGGCGAACCCGGCGGCGGUCUCCAAGUACGGCGUGACGUUCUGCGUACCGAGCUCGCUGGAGCCGUAUUCGUCCGCCGAGGAGCUUCACACUGGCCUUCACGCCCUCUUUCCUUCUUCAGCGCUGCAGCCCGUUACCCCUGAACAGCAGCCGCAGUUUCUCUCCCUCGUUCGACAGUAUUUUCCCCAUGUUCUCUAG